AUGAAAAAGGCAAAAUUACAAUGGACACCACUGAAGGAAGUCAACAGCAGGUGCGACCAGUCUGAGCCAUUUGCCUGUGGCAUUGAGCACUGUUCUGUGCAUUACAUGAAUGACAAUGGUGAUGGCGUCUAUGCCAGGAGGCCUCUAUCAGUUAUACAGAUGGUUGCCUCUCUCAAGCAAAGAGCCAGUGCUCUGCCAGCUAGCUGUGCAAAAAACUGCACAAACUCACCUGCCAUUGGGAGGUUUUCUGGUCAAGCCAGAGGCAUACCCUCAACCCCUGAGCCCUUCUCUGACCCAGGAGCUUGUGAAGAACCCCUAGAGAGGGGAAAUCCUGAGGUUGGAGAACCACAAAGUGAAUCAGUCCAUGUGCUUGACAUGGUAGCCAGGCUGAAGUCUGAGUGCCUGAAGAGGCAGAGCCAGCCUGAGCCUGGGAGCCUGUCACAAAACAGCAGCUUCCGUCAAAAUGUGGGCAGAAUGUUGCUUGCAAAUGGCAGUGAGGCUGAUGAAGGCAGAACAAAAAAAGGUGCAUUGGAGGUACCUGACACUCAGGUGAAUCCUGUGCAAUCUGUGUAUGUGCACUGUGGGCCUGAAAGAGUUGACCAUUGUUCUCCUACAGGGGACUGGGCCUGGUACGGUGUCCCUCAGGAUUGUCCCUGUGUAGCAAUGGAGCUAGGUCAGCAAACUACCACAAAAAUGAGAAACAGGUAUGAUGUGGAAAUGACAGAUGAGCUUGAUGGAUCACCUUUUUCUUCUCACACUUGUCCUCGAGCCACUAAAUUGCCCUCAGAUGCUAUUGUUUGUGUAAGUAGAGAGCUUGUACCACUCACUAAUAAAAAGCCCAAUCAGAGAACAAUCAAAUCUUUGUGCAUUAUUGUCACUGUGUCCAAGGCAAAAAAAUACUGGUCUUCUGGUUUAAGCUCUCAUGAAGAACCACUCCCAGGGAUGUUCUUUUUGCCACCUGGUCAGCAUCAGUUGGACUGUUCCCAGUUGAAUGAGUACAGCCCCAGGAUAUUAGAGAGUAGCCAGCUUGAAAGCACUGCUGAGAACUAUGCUGAGAAGAGAAGUCUUUCAACCAAGCCUCGUACACUACCAGCCUCUGCAAUGGAAAGCACAUUGCCAGUGAAUGAAGCAUCUACUUGAAAGAAGCAAGUGUAUCAUGAUUUUGUGGAGACCAGGUUUAAAAUCCAACAGCUUCUACAGCCUCAGCACUACAUGGCAUGUCUCCCCCACCACAUUUUGGUGAAAAUUUUCAGGUUACUUCCCACCAGGAGUUUGUCUCUUAAAUGUACCUGCUGCUAUUUUAAGUUUGUCACUGAAUAUUACAACAUCAAGCCAGCAGAUUCACCCUGGGUUUGAGACUCAUGCUAUAGAAAAGAUCCCUGCAAGCAAUGCAAGAAAAAAUAUAUGAAAGGGGAUGUGUCCCUGUGUCAGUGGCACCCAAGCCCUAUCACCAAGCACUGCCCUCUGGGCUUGGAUACUGGAUUGCUGCACUGGUCUCAGAAGGGUUUUCCUGGCUGUAAACUGGGGCUUCAAGACAAUCACUGGAUCCCAAUCUGUCACAGUUUUAACCAGGCAGUAUGUAAAAAAGCAAGAGGGAGUGGGACUGAAGAGGAAGACUAA